UAAAGAUGGAGGCGGAGGAGGGCAGCAUCUCAGUGUGGGUGUGCAGGGAGGAGAAGAUAGUCGUGGGUUUGAACAAACGCACAACUUGCUCGGAUGUGCUCAAAGUCCUGCUGGAAUAUCCAAACAUCCCCACGCAUCGCUGCUACGCCAUCGUGGAAACAUGGAGGAGUUGCCAGAGGAUUCUGCCCAACAAAACCCGGAUCUGGCGCCUGUGGACGGCGUGGGGCGAGGAGCGCGACCAGGUGAGCUUCAUGCUGGCUGACAGCGACAUGUUUGUGGAGAAGCGCGCGGCCAGGAGCGCGGAGGCGCGCGUGGUGCUGCUCGGCGGGCCCGCGGUGUCCGCGUGGAGCUCGGCGGGCCCUCGCGUGGAGGGGCACCUCCCCCCUGACACGCAGCGGCGCGUCGUCAGGAAAGCCUUCAGAAAAUUGGAGAAGAUGCAACAGAAGACGCGCAGGGACUCCUCGGCCUCGUCCGAGAAGAUGCAGAAGUUGUCUCGUCUUGUGGACUCCCAGGACAACAGCAUCCGCCUGCAGGCGCGCAGGAUCCACGACCUGGACGCGGAGAUCGAGAGGCAUGAAGCCAGAGUGCACGUGGACAGAAGCAGAAGUCAUGGUGUCAAUUACGUGCAGGACACCUACUUGUCAGAGGAGGACGCAGUAGCAGCUUCCGGCCAGCAGGUGCGCUCUCUGGAGGGCUUCCUGCACCUGUGUGCGCACCUGGUGAGGCUGCAGGAGCAGGUGUGCGAGCAGGAGGCCGUGGCACACAUGCUGAGUGUGCAGCUGGAGGAGGAGCUCAACCGGCGCUGGAUGCAGAGGAGGCUGCGGGAGACGCACGCGGACCCCCAGGACCGGGCCAGCAGGACUUUGGAGGAAGAGGAGGAGAGGCUGAGGAGUCAGCUGGACGUCAGCUCCUGCGUGGGCCUGCGCCUCCGCUCGGAUUUAGAGGCCAUUAGGGGCGAUUUGGAGCUCAGCCGGCAGAUUUGCGGCACCCGGGAGAAGGAGAUGAGGGAUUUGCUGGACAAAAUGAACUCUUUAGGUCUGGAAGACGCAGAGGGGGGGCCAGAUGAGGCUGGCGGGAUGAGGAUGAUGAUGAUGAUGAUGAUGAUGAUGAGCGAGUGGGAGGAGCAGGCCAGGGGUUUGUCCAAAUGUCACGGAGGGAACGACGACGACUCGGACACGGGUUUAAGCUCCUUGCACAGCCAGGAGUCUGACUGCACCGCCGUGUGCGAGUCUCUGGUCUGAAAAGGUCAAAACCCCACACACUUAAAGUUAAAGUACCAAUGAUUGUCACACACACACACUAGGUGUGGAGAUAUUUGUCCUCUGCAUUUGACCCAUCCCCUUGUUCACCUCCUGGGAGAUGAGGGGAGCAGUGAGCAGCAGCGGUGCCGCGCCCGGGAAUCAUUUUUGGUGAUUUAACCCCCAAUUCCAACCCUUGAUGCUGAGUUCCAAGCAGGGAGGUAAUGGGUCCUAUUUUUUUAUAGU